UGUUGUGGUGUUUAUUUUGAUUGUUUGUAUCUAUCCUGGGAGGCAUGAACGAUAGACGUGCUGAUCUAGCUGAUCUGAUACGCUGAUCAAAGGGUCAAAGGGAAAUUUUGCAAGUGGAGGGGUAAGAAAGGGUGGGGAAGACGACCUUGAUUUCCACCAAUCACUGUGCGUUUGUCUGAGAUGCCCUGGGUGCACAGGGUGCUUGUGGUUCUCUGCUGAAUUAAUUGAAGAGAGACUUAUUUUAUUUUCUUGGAGAGGUGGAGAAACCAAUAGUGGGAUAGCUAGCGGUCCCGGGUCGACCUGGAUAUUUACAAGGACUGGCAGCAGUGUUCUCUUUUCGUUCGAAGACCGCGCCGCCGCCGCCGCCGCCGCAGCAGCAGCUUCGGCCGCAGUCACAGGAAGAGCCGAGAGGCAACGAAGGCAAAGGAGCUUGUUUUUUUUUUCAUUUGGCAGGGAGAAAGGGGCGGGGGAGAAGUCCAGGAAGCAAGUAACUGAAGAAAAGAACCUUUUGCCUGUACCAAAAUCGAGAACGAUCGUGAUGCAGCACAGUCAACUGGGAAGACCCGCUGUCCCUGGAUCUCCUGACUUCUGGAGGGAGACGGGAAUCCCUUUCUUCUCCAGGGGAAGCUGCAAUGGCCAUAGCUGAUGGCUUGCUCUUCUGCCGCUUUCGCUAAAAGGAGGGAAACAAUUUAUUUGAAAGUUGAGAAUUAAAAGCCUUUGCACCACCAGUGGAACAGCAGCGGCAGGAGACGCGAUUUUGUGUUUUCAGUUCAAGCUCUGCGCUGCAGCUUAGACCACUGCAACACCAUGAUUGCGCUAAGCAUAAGCGACAGCAGACGGGCCCGGAGAAAGACUUGGAGAGGGACUAUGGCAGUAUUGGCGUGUAAGUGUCCCCGGACCCGACUGCCAAUGGGAGCUAGUGCCUUGGGCGUCUUUGUUCUCUGCUGGCUCUACGUCUUUCCAGUGUACCGGCUGCCCAACGAGAAGGAGAUUGUGAACGGGGUACUGCAGCAGGGCAAGGCAUGGAGGAGAAACCAGACUGCAGCUAGAGACUUCAGGAAAGAAAUGGAACAAUGCUGUGACCCAGCCAAUCUCUUUGCUAUGACUAAACAAAAUUCCCCUAUGGGGAAGAGCAUGUGGUAUGAUGGAGAAUUAUUGUACUCUUUCACCAUUGACAAUUCAACUUACUCCCUUCUCCCCCAGGCUACUCCAUUCCAGUUACCAUUGAAGAAAUGUUCAGUGGUGGGAAAUGGUGGGAUUCUGAAGAAGAGUGUCUGUGGCCGACAAAUAGAUGAAGCAAAUUUUGUCAUGCGAUGCAAUCUUCCUCCUCUGUCCAGUGAAUAUAAUAAAGAUGUCGGAUUCAAAACCCAUUUGGUGACAGCUAACCCCAGCAUAAUUAGGAAAAGAUUCCAGAACUUGCUUUGGUCUCGAAAGACAUUUGUUGAUGACAUGAAAGUGUAUAACCACAGCUACAUUUACAUGCCUGCUUUUUCUAUGAAAACAGGGACAGAGCCAUCUCUCCGGGUUUAUUAUACAUUGGCAGAUGUGGGUGCCAACCAAACAGUGCUUUUUGCCAAUCCCAACUUUCUUCGUAGCAUUGGCAAAUUCUGGAAAAGUAGAGGAAUUCAUGCUAAGCGCUUAUCUACAGGUCUUUUUCUUGUCAGUGCUGCCCUGGGCUUGUGUGACAAAGUGACCAUCUAUGGCUUCUGGCCUUUCUCAAUGGAUCUGCGUGAGCACUCUAUUAGUCAUCACUACUAUGACAAUGAGCUCCCUUAUUCAGGCUUCCAUGCUAUGCCAGAGGAAUUCCUUCAGCUUUGGUAUCUUCAUAAAAUUGGAGUGUUAAAAAUGCAGCUAGAACCAUGUGAAGACCUCUCAUUCCAACCCACUUCCUAAGGACUAAGGCAAAGGAAGUGAAUGGGCUAAUGCAAUGUUUUUAGGGUUUGUGUGUGAAUAUGUAGAAGGGAAAACACUCAGACUUAUUUAUGGAUUUGCAUAGAUCACUUAAGAAAAAAGAAACAAAAUGCUACGGUUUAAGCAUUGUCUUGGAGGCUUACCAGGAGAUCAUUCCUUCUGCAAAAUAUUUUGUAGUUUGCUAUGGAUUUUUGGCCAGUAAAACUCUGGAAGUAGGUUCUUGGGAAAGAAACAAAGCAGCACUUGGCAUAGUUCAAGUUCAGAUGGUGCCAUUCAAUGAAGACCAUGUUGAUUUAGGAUGAGGAACAAUAAAGGAAAUUUGGGAAAUGGGAAGAGGAAAUUUUAGUGGUGAUUGGCCAGUAACGCUGACUAUAUAGAAAUCCAUGUGACUUAAAACUGGUAUUUGGAAUGGUAGUUUUUACAAGGAUUAUCUGGGGUUUUUUCUUUUUGGCCUUUGGGUUA